UGAUAGGCAUUUAGGUUGAAAAUGAGAUAAAAAUGAGGAAUUUUCUGAAAGAAAUUUCAGUUGAACCUCUGCUGUUUAGUGGCAUGUUCAUUAUCAAUUUUUAUUCAACAAUAUCCCAGCAGUUUAUAUACCAGCAAGUAGCAGAAAGCAAUGGUUUGUUUGGUGACCAUGAUAAAACUUGUAAUAAAUUCAAUGAAUCAGAUCCUGUUGUUAAACUUGAAGAAAAAGUCUCUUCUGAAACAAGUUUAUGGAUACUUUACCUUAACAUAGCAGGUACAAUUCCAAGCCUUUUCACAUCUGCUGUUAUGAGUUCGUGGGGCGACGUCGUUGGUCGGACGAUGCCAUUGAUUCUUAUAUACGGUGGUUUUAUAUUUCUUAUCGUGGUUUACAUUAUUGUCGUUAAUUUGAAACUGCCAAUCGCCUGGUUACUUGCUGCGAGACUGGUUUGCGGGUUGACUGGCGACUUUCCAGCAAUGGUCGCCGUGUGUUUUGCGUAUUUAUCCGACCUUAGCAAAACAGAACAACGGACGUUGAGAAUUGCAGUGGGUGAAGCAAUGCUGGGGUUAGCUGGCUUGUUAGCUGGAAUUACGGAAGGGCUUUGGAUUGGUUCACAGGGUUUUGAGCAACCGCUGUGGCUUCUUUUGGCGCUUUCAAUCGUCGUUUUUUUGUACAUUAUAUUUUUCUUGCGCGAAUCUAGAUCAAUUGAAAGAUCUACUAAUAUACGACAUGAUUUCAGAGAAUUGUUCACUUGGCGACCUUUCCUAAACAUAUGGGGCAUGCUUACACUGGAGAAACAAAGGUGCUACUUUCUACUCUCACUUCUCGGCUGUUUAUUCUUGCACAUGGUGCUUUAUAUAGGUUUGGAUGACGUCAGUAUAGUAUACGAACUCAGCGAGCCGUUUUGUUGGUCGCCUAACUUGAUCGGAUACGGUCAAAUGAUUCAUUCUUCAACUUCAAUCUUUGGUUUAGUAGCGUUUAAACUUCUGUACGCUCGACUUUCUGAUUGGUGGAUUUUUUUCAUGGGGAUGACGUCAUCCAUAUGUAAUUUGGUAACCUUCGCAGUUUCUCAGUAUACAUGGUCGUUGUUUUUAGGUCUGGCUCUCGGUUGUUUUUACACGAUUCCCGCCACUGUUUUACGUAGUAUGAUGUCACGAAUGGUGACGCAUGACGAACAAGGAGCUGUGUUUGCCACAAUAGCGGCAGCUCAAAAUAUUUCGCUGUUGAUUGCUUCGUUUAUUUUUAACGGGAUUUAUUCGGCAACGGUUGCCAGUUUCCGAGGAGCAAUAUUCGUAAUCGGAGCAUUUAUUGGCGGGGCACUGCUCUUAAUUUUCAGGCUCGUCUAUGUCAAAACUUUACCACGAUUAUCGUUGGCGUAUCAGACCGUAACAGAAGAAAUAUAAAUGCGGUGUGUAUCAACACAUCGUUUGCUGAUACGUGAAUUGCUAUGUUAUGUUUUUUGUCUAACAUUUAAAACUCGGUGCAUUUUAUUAAAGUUCCGUUUUUCUUGGUUUCUUCUUUUUAUGCGAUGACUUUGAAGAGCUUCGGCAAACGCUCGAACAUAAAAGUUUUUUCAAUCCU